GUCCCUACUUUCGUUUUCUUUGGCUACUGUUCUCUUUUCUGUUAGAUUGAGAAAACUUUGAUCGCCAUGCCUGAGCCAGCCAAGUCUGCUCCCGCCCCCAAAAAGGGCUCCAAGAAAGCCGUGACCAAGGCCCAGAAGAAAGAUGGCAAGAAGCGCAAGCGCAGCCGCAAGGAGAGCUACUCCAUCUACGUCUACAAAGUGCUGAAGCAGGUCCACCCUGACACCGGCAUCUCCUCCAAGGCCAUGGGCAUCAUGAACUCCUUCGUCAAUGAUAUCUUCGAGCGCAUCGCCGGCGAGGCUUCCCGCCUGGCGCACUACAACAAGCGCUCGACCAUCACUUCCCGGGAGAUCCAGACGGCCGUGCGCCUGCUGCUGCCCGGGGAGCUGGCCAAGCACGCCGUGUCGGAGGGCACUAAGGCCGUCACCAAGUACACCAGCUCCAAGUGAGCAUGUGUCUAGAAAGAGGCAGACUCCCCUCACCCAAAAGGCUCUUUUCAGAGCCACC